UCGUUGACAGGCCCACCGAGCCCAUUGCGGGAAGUGUGGUGCAUUGAUGGGGAGCCGGUGUUGGAUGUGAAGACCAGGCACUUGCAGGCCCCUGUUAGCUGCGCCGGGCCGGGGCCGGGCCUAUCCGUCCGACCCACUCACGUCCCGUUCCUUUUGGCGGGGCGUCGGGUGGUGUGCGGGGCAACCGAGAGACGCCAAUCUCCUCUCCACUGGCCCGCCUCAGCGCUUUGCAGCACAAACCCACCAUGACUGACGGUAAGGCAGACGCAGAGGCGCUUGUCCCCAAGUUCAAAUUCGAGCGCCUGCUCAACCAGGACCAAGCCGGCCGCCGGUCCGCCCUCUACGGCUCCAUUGACGGCCAGCCGGCGCUGGUGAUCCUCGAGCGCGCGCCGUUUCCGAGCUCGGCCGACUACCUCGGCGCCAUCACGGCCAACCUGCGAGCACUGAAGAACCUCGGCGCCAACGACAUCUACCACUGGUACCUGGCCAACAGCGGCGAGAUCCGCGGCGCGGCCGCCGACAACCACGAGUUCGCCGACCUCAAGAUCAACCUGAUCUGGCCGUGCACAGAGAAGCACAUCCGCAAGUACAGCAAGCAGGGGGCGCGCUUCGUGACCGAGACGCCCGAGAUCUACCGCAACCAUGUGCGCCCAUACAUGCAGGCGCAGCGCGAGGCCGGGCGGCUGAACUGGGCCUUCAACAUCAUCGAGGGCCGCAGCGAGGUCGAGGACGUCAUCUACCGCACCCCUUAUGGGCAGGACCCGGAGGAAGGGUUCCUGUUGCUGCCGGACCUCAACUGGGACCGCCGCACGCUCGAAGCGCUGCACCUGCUGGGGCUGGUCGAGCGGCGCGACAUCUGGAGCCUGCGCGACCUGCGCAAGAAGCACCUGCCCUGGCUGCGGCACAUGAAGGCCAAGUUCCUGGACGCCACGACGACCGUCUACCCGACCAUCGAGGCCGACCAGCUCAAGCUGUACGUGCACUACCAGCCGACGUACUACCACUUCCACAUCCACAUCGUACACGUGGCGCUCGAGGCGGGCGCCACGCAGGCCACGGGCAAGGCGGUCGGACUCGACAGCAUCAUUUCGCAGCUCGAGACCAUGCAGGGGGACGGGGAGGAGGCGGGGAUGGACGCUGUUACGCUAUGCUACACGCUGGGCGAGGCCAGCGAUCUGUGGGUGGACGUGUUUGAGCCCCUCAAGAGGAAGAACGGUACAGCUUCUCGAUCGCCAUGACCAGGUCGUUGACAGCCGGGCCGGACGGGCACUCCUUCCACUCGCCGCCGUCGCGCACGCAGUAGAUCUCGUUGUUGAGCCGGACCGUGCAGCUCUUCGUCACGCCGGCCUAGGGGAACGUUAGAACUAGAAUAGAGAUGCAGAUGUGUGUGUGUUGCGCGUACCUCCGCCGUCCGCUGGACGCUGUCUCGUAGCAUGCCGAUGCCCAGGGCGCCAUCGUCCCGGGUCGCGCACUCGUUGAGCUUGCUAAAGUCGAUGGCGUGCUCCAGCGCGCAGUCCU